AUGAGAGGAUUUGACGGGAACUUCAUUUUAGAAGCACUGUAUGACCAAGGACGAGCGGUCGAAAAACCUCUAACGCAGGGUGCAAAAAUCCUUUAUUUUGAGUCGGGGAACUUGAUCUUUAAAAACCCGAUGAAUUUCUUUGCCAUGGCACUUGAGAAAUUUCCUGCUACGUUCAAUCUUCGUGAGCUCCACAAAGGUUUUUUUCCUCACGCCUUCAACCGUGAAGAAAAUUUUGAGUAUUCUGGUGAGUACCCCCCAAAAGAAUAUUACCAUCCAGCCGAAAUGGAUAGUAAGAAGAGAGACAAGUUUCUGGCAUGGCACGCCCGCAAAGUCGCGGAACAAGCAGUGUUCAACUUUCAAGAGGAGCUAUUGAAGUAUUGCGAAAGCGAUGUCAAGCUAUUAAAAGAAGGGUGUUUGAAGUUUGAAGCGGAGUUUGAAGAAAUUGCCUGCUUCAAUCCUCUCGUGGAAGCAGUCACGAUUGCCAGCGCCUGCAAUCUCUUCUGGCGACGAGAAAAAUUGAAAACCGAUCUCAUUGCCUAA